UCACAAAGCGGAUGGGACAAGGCUCAGCGGAGGAGCCACGACCGGCUGCCAGCCCCCCGCUCUCCAGAGACACCCCGAGAGAGGGUCUCCCAGCCCGGCCAGAACUGCGCGGUCUGUCCCCGCCACACACACACUGGGCUAGUCCUCUUCUUCCCCACACAGGGCUGGCCCCCUCCCCCGUCCCCUCACACACACAGGGCUAUUCCCUUCUCUCCCACACACAGGUCAUCUCUCUCUUCCACACACACACACACACACCGGGCUAUUUCUCCUCACAGGCACAGCACACACAGGGCUGCCUCCCCCACACACUCCGCGUGUCUCCCCCCACACUGUCCCCUCUAACAUGCAGGCAGGCACACAGGUCUAUCCAUUCGCACAGCCAGGCUUAGCCAGCUAGUCCUUUCUCCCCUUGCACCCUCUAAAAGUAAGCCCCUUCUGGGAAUUUUCUCUCUCCACCCCCUGCUGACGUGGGUCUUCCUCUCUCUCUUUUAUGAUUUAUUGGGUAAUAUUGUAAAGCAGCUAGUAGUUUCAUCCCCUGCCCCCAAGUUCACACAGAGACUUCUCCCAUGGAUUUGUUCACAGCCACUGUACAGUACUCCAAUGGCAAGGUCCCCUUUCGCUUUCGUUUCUGCACUUGGAUAUUGCUGCUCCUCGCUUCCCCUUUUGUUUCCUGCACGGAGGAAUUCAGGGUUAGCUGGCCUGAGCCAGCAAACCCUGACUCCCAGACUGACUGCAGCAAAGUUAAUUUUAGCAUUUUUUUGCUGCAAGUCCCUUUCUCUUGGCACUGGACCAGACUGUUGGCCCUGUCCAGAACUUCAACCAUAAGUUCAUCAUGGAAACGCUUCCUCUUGGAACAGUCCGUGAAGGUUGUCCUGGAGUGGAGUCGAGACCAGUAUCAUGUUUUGUUUGAUUCUUAUAGAGACAACGUUGCUGGCAAAUCAUUUCAGAAUCGACUUUGUUUGCCCAUGCCAAUUGAUGUGGUGUACACCUGGGUGAAUGGUACAGAUGUUGAGCUGAUCAAAGAAUUGCAACAGGUUAGAGAACAGAUGGAAGAAGAACAGAAAAUAAUGAGGGAAAUGCUUGGGAAAAAUACAACAGAACCACCUAAAAAAAGUGAGAAGCACCUGGAAUGUUUACUGACACACUGCAUUAAAGUGCCAAUGCUUGUCCUAGACCCUGCUGUGCCUGCCAACAUCACUCUGAAGGACCUGCAAUCUGUUCAUCCAUCUUUACAAGCCGCUAACAAUCUAUUCUUUGUAGCAAAACCAAAAAAUCCUUCUACUAAUGUGACUGUAGUUGUUUUUGACAGUCCUAAGGAAGCUGAAGAUGCCCAUUCUGGAAUGUUAAAAGAAAGCAGCAAACAGACAGUUUGGAGAGGUUAUUUGACCACAGACAAAGAAGUACCCGGUUUAGUGUUAAUGCAAGAUUUGGCUUUCCUUAGUGGAUUUUCAGCUACAUUCAAAGAAACAAAUCAGCUAAGAGCAAAACUACCAGAGAACUUGGCCUCAAAAAUAAAACUGUUACAGCUUUAUUCUGAAGCCAGUGUUGCUCUCUUGCAACUGAAUAACCCCAAGGGUUUCCAAGAACUGAGCAAGCAAGCUAAGAAGAACAUGACUAUAGAUGGAAAAGAAUUGACACUUAAUCCUGCUUAUUUACUGUGGGAUCUCAGUGCCAUCAGUCAGUCUAAACAGGAUGAAGAUAUUUCAGCCAGCCGUUUUGAAGAUAAUGAAGAGCUGAGAUAUUCCCUCCGAUCAAUAGAGAGGCACGCCCCUUGGGUUCGACACAUUUUCAUCAUCACUAAUGGGCAGAUUCCAUCCUGGCUUAAUCUGGAUAACCCUCGGAUAACUAUAGUAACACAUCAGGACGUAUUUCAGAAUUUGAGUCACUUGCCUACCUUUAGUUCCCCAGCCAUUGAAAGUCACAUUCAUUGUAUUGCUGGCCUUUCCCAGAAGUUCAUUUACCUAAAUGAUGAUGUUAUGUUUGGGAAGGAUGUUUGGCCUGAUGAUUUUUACAGUCACUCUAAGGGUCAGAAGGUUUACUUGACUUGGCCUGUGCCAAACUGUGCGGAAGGAUGUCCUGGCUCAUGGAUUAAAGAUGGUUACUGCGACAAGGCCUGUAAUAAUUCAGCAUGUGAUUGGGAUGGAGGGGAUUGCACUGGGAACAGCGGAGGUAGUCGUUACAUUGCUGGUGGUGGUGGAGGUGGAGGAGCAGGGAAUGGCCCACCCUGGCAAUUUGGUGCUGGAAUCAGUGGAGUCUCUUAUUGUAACCAGGGCUGUGCCAAUUCCUGGCUGGCAGAUAAAUUCUGUGACCAGGCAUGCAAUGUCCUCUCUUGUGGCUUUGAUGCUGGUGACUGUGGGCAAGAUCACUUUGACGAGUUGUACAAGGUGACUCUCCAGCUGAAUCAAACCCAUUACAUUAUUCCAAAAGGUGAAUACCUGCCCUAUUUCAGCUUUGCUGAAAUAGCCAAGAAGGGAAUUGAGGGUGCCUAUAGCGAUAAUCCAAUUAUACGUCAUGCUUCUGUUGCCAACAAGUGGAAAACUAUCCACCUGGUAAUGCAUAGUGGAAUGAAUGCAACUGUGAUCUAUUUUAAUCUUACAUUUCAAGAUAAAAAUGAUGAAGAGUUUAAAAUGCAGAUAGCUGUUGAGGUUGAUACCAGAGAGGAACCAAAAUUGAACACAACUUCCACUCAGAAAUCGGACACUUUCAUUAACAUUACACCUUCAGUAUCAGAAGCUGAAAUGAUAUUUGAGGAUAUUCCUGAAGAAGAACGUUUUCCAAGAGUCAGGAAACGUCCAAAUAACACAAAGGAGAGUUUUCUUGAAGAUGUGGUAAUGCCACCAGUAAAUGUGUCUUUCCUCCCUGAAGAUGUUCAGUUGGCUCUGUGGAACCUGGAUUUAAAGCUAGAAAAUGGUGAUAUCACUCAUAAAGGUUAUAAUCUAUCAAAGGCUGCUCUUCUGAGUUCUUUCCAAAUGUUACCUACAAUGACAAAAACUAAGAAGAUGCCAGGUGUGGAAAGGAAAGAUAUCUAUGAUGAUGUAAAAGAACAAAAGAACCUUACCAGUUGGCACAAGCCUUAUAAAGAUUUAAUUGUUGGCAAAAUAGAAGCUGCAACAAAAAAUCAUGAAGCAGUUCCUUCAAAGUCAGUAGCUAUAAAGAGUACUGUUGUGGCAAUGAAGGCGAACAGUCAGUUUCCUCUAAAAUCAAUUUCUGAAUCCAUGCCUGUAAUCCAGAACAUGGGAAAUAAAAAUGGAACUCGAGAGAAAAUACUGAAUGCACUCAUACCAAAAGAAACCCAUAAGUCAAAAGAUAUUGGAAAUGUGGGGACUGAAGAAGAGAAAAAGGAGGAAAUGGAAAUAAACAAUCGGCAUGCCAACAUAGAUACAGCAGGCAACAAAGUGUUGCCAGGAAGGAAACUGCAAUAUUACACUGGAAGUGAUCAAGGCUUUUUGCCAUGGGAAAAAAAUAAGUAUUUCCAAGAUCUUCUUGAUGAAGAAGAGGCAUUAAUUAAGCAGAUGUCCUACUUUACUGAUGGUAAACGAAUUGGCAGGCAGUUGAAAGAUACAUUUGCUGAUUCCCUCCGAUACGUAAAUAAACUUCUAAACAGCAAAUUUGGAUUUACAUCUCGGAAAGUCCCUGCUCAUAUGCCUCACAUGAUUGACCGCAUUGUUAUGCAAGAACUACAAGAUAUGUUUCCUGAGGAAUUUGACAAGACCUCAUUUCACAAAGUGAGACACUCAGAAGAUAUGCAGUUUGCUUUUUCAUAUUUCUAUUACCUCAUGAGUGCAGUUCAGCCACUGAAUAUUUCCCAGGUUUUUGAUGAAGUUGAUACAGAUCAGUCAGGUAUUUUGUCUGACAGAGAGAUUCGCACAUUGGCUACAAGAAUACAUGAACUGCCCUUAAGUUUACAGGAUUUGACAAGUCUGGAGCAAAUGCUGAUAAAUUGCUCUAAAGCACUUCCUGCCAACAUCACUCAGAUUAAUGUCAUUCCUCCAACUCAGGAAGCUUAUUAUGAUCCCAAUCUGCCUCCGGUGACUAAAAAUCUAGUAACUAAUUGUAAACCUGUGACUGACAGAAUUCGUAAGGCAUACAAGGACAAAAACAAAUAUAGGUUUGAAAUCAUGGGAGAAGAAGAAAUUGCUUUCAAAAUGAUCCGCACCAACGUUUCUCAUGUAGUUGGCCAGCUAGAUGAUAUAAGAAAAAAUCCCAGAAAAUUUGUUUGCCUAAAUGACAACAUUGAUCACAAUCAUAAGGAUGCUCAGACAGUGAAAGCAGUGCUUAGGGAUUUUUAUGAAUCAAUGUUUCCCAUACCAUCUCAGUUUGAACUGCCAAGAGAAUAUCGGAACCGCUUCCUUCAUAUGCAUGAGCUUCAGGAAUGGAGAGCAUACAGAGACAAACUAAAAUUUUGGACCCAUUGUGUUUUAGUGACGUUGAUUGUGUUUACGGUCAUCUCAUUUUUUGCUGAACAGCUAAUUGCACUUAAACGAAAACUUUUUCCGAGGAGGAGGAUCCAAAAGGAAGUCGGUCAUGAACGAAUCAAGGUUUAGAAGAGCUUUGCUUGGAAAUCAGUCUACCUCAAGAUGUAAUAAGCAUUUAAAAUUGUUACUGGAGAAGUGUCUUUAUGAUGUAACAUUUAGCUAGUUUGACAUGAAGAGAAAAAGUCAAAUAUCCAUAAAUUAUAGCCUUCAUGGCGCUGCGAGUAACACGCAAGCUCCUGACAUUAUGAGACUGGGGGGGGGGGGAGUUAAGAGUGUGCAUUGGCAGUUCUCAACUGGUUUUACUUUACAAGCAUUAGCUCACAGAUAUGUUAUCCUUUUUAUAAAAAGGGUUACUGAAACAAACCUAGCUGCAUUUAAAGCAGUGGACGUUGCCAACUAAGUAUAAUGUUGGAAAGUUAAACUGUUCAGGAUUAACUAGAAAGAUGUCCCUGACCUUGCAUUCCAAAGCAUUUUGCAGAUUGCUGAAUUAAUCAAUACAUUUGUGUUGAUGCUGCUUUUUCCAUUUUUAGAAGUAAAACAGAGGAUAAUUGCUUAAUUUCCCAAUUAGAUAUAGUCUACAUUUAAUGACAUUUACAUUGUUUAAAUACACCAACAAUGCAACCUCAAAUUGGUGGUAUCUAAUGAGGAAUUUGGAUGAUAUAUAUCCUAAUGAUAUAAUCAAGAAUCAAAACUACUGGUACUAUUAUUUUAAAGAUUUUAUUUCUCACCUAAUUCAUUAAAUUGCCAGGAAUACUGUGGUAUUGUUUGUAGGUCUAAUUACAAAGAGAGAGCGCUGUAGUCAAGUAAAAGUAACUAGGAUGUUGUUAUUUUACAAGCAUUGUAAAUAUACAAGCAAAAGUGCCUCACCAUAUGAAUGAGUAAUAUAUUGUUUUAAUGUUGCAUUGUAUUACAGCGAUGUUUCAUUUCUGAAUUUGGUAAUUAUAUUCUUAUAUGAAGCAUUAAUGUUUUAAAAUUUGGACAAGCACAGGCAAUUCUGUCAUACUUUGUUAAGACAGGUGUCAGGAUAGCAAGAUUUUUAAGGGGGAGACAAUACUGAGACUCUUUUCAAGCAGAUAUUUUUGACAGUACUUUGCAAUCAUAGUUAUUAACAGUAGUCUUCUAAAAUCACUUCACGAAUUAUUUUGUAAUUGGAAUAUGAGAGAUACAAUACAUUGUGUGCUGUAAGAUAUUCAGUUUGUUUUAAAAGAAACUAAAGUCUUGUGAUAAACAAUGAAGUUAUUUUGGUUUAUUCUGUUUUUGCUCUAGAGGAAAAGAAAAUACAUCCAAUUUAGUAAAUUACUCACACCUAUUAUUCCUGUAGUGUUUGCUUGUCAUUAGAAAUAUUCAAAGGUAACUCUAAUUUGUUUUCACAUUAUCCAGUGCAUACACAGAUUGUUAAACCAAAUAGAAUCUAAUUUUUAAACAUUUUAAAAUAUAAGCAUUUGUAUUUUUUUUAGUAUUUCAUACUAGAAGACCCCAGAUAUAUUUCAUAUGUGGUGACACAUUAAAGUAAACACAUAGCAUAUAAAAUAAUCAGUUUAUAUCUGCCCUACUUUCAGUUGUCGAAGUCUUCUAUUUUGGCAGAUAUGUCAAGAAUGGUAGAAUACUUCAACAAAUGAAAUUACAGGAAAGCCAGGAUGAAAUAAAGUUAGAUUUUUAAAACUUUUUUUAUUUUAAGAAGACACUCACUCUCAAGUAGAUUAAGUCCAAAAUUUGAUCUACCUUAAAAUUGUUUUAGUAUUCUGCAUCGUAUUUUUUUAAAAUACUUGAGUAUAAGAAAUGAUUAAAGAAAAAUAACUACCGGCCCAGUUUUUCAAAACUUUUGUCUGUUACAUGUGCAAAUCAUGAAUUUCCAUAUACAGAAUGCCCGUUCAUUUGUGCAGUUUAAACAAACAGUUUUGAAAACUAGGUUCAUAUUAUUUUGUUUUAUUGCACCAAUAGUCCGCCAGCAGACAGAGCAUAAAUUAACUGAUGAAAUUUAUUUCCAGAUCUGUGUCAAUGUGUGUGAUAAUGAUAUAAAAAAGAAGGAAAGCAAGCAGAGCUGAAAAAAAUUGGGUGUAGGAGAAAAUAUUACCCCAAUAUUUGGUAAAUUGGAAAGGACAAAACUAGUGAAGUAAAAUAUUUCCAGUCUUCUAUGAGGUUAAAGAGCAGAGAGUAGAAAUCAAAUGAUCAAUAAAAAGUUCUUGACAAUAUAUUUUAUCUUUAAGCUCACUUUUUAGAAUUUUUUAUGUAAUUGUAAUGUAGUUAGAUAAAAUAAUUGGGAGAGAUGAAAACUUCAUUAAGACCAUAUUCUGACAAAGAAGCAUAUAGAUUCACUACAUGGUUUGAGAGAAACAAAAUCUUAAAUUACUUUCUUUUUCUGGAAUUUUCUGUGCAAUAUGGUUGUAACGAGCAAUAUGAUUGUUCUGAGCCAUAUGAUGAUCACCACUUAAUAAAGCAGGAUAUCAGAAAUAUGAUACCACUAUAAUGUCUGCCAGCAGCUGACAGCUUACUCAUAUCAUUUUUGCCCCAAAGGUCAUAUCUUGUCAUCUUAUUUAAAAAAUUUACUUUUGAAGUGACCUGUUUCAAAUACAAUAGCUCUUAAAACCGAAGGAAAAUUUUAUGCAGAAAUUAGCAUAUGAAUCAAUAUUAAAGUCCAGAGAGAGAGGACUUUCAGAACUUGGCUACAUUUAAAGCUUUGGAUCCUCUUAAUUGCAUCACUUUCUUCAGUAAAAUUAGUGAAUAUCACCUUUUAGGGUCCUUAUAGGACCUUUUAGGGUCCUAAUAUCACCUUAUAGGAAAAGUAAUUUUGAAAUGAAAAUUACUUUUCCUAUAACUAAAAAGAUUGUCUCUAGCAUUUGAUCCAUAAAUCGUAAAAUGCAUGUCAUAACCUUCUAGUUCAGGGUUUUUUGGCUAUUGUCCAUAACUUUGUCAGCAAGGAGUCACUUGAGGCAAAAAAUAAAUCUUCGGAUAUGAGAUGUCAAACAAUUUGACCAUGAACAUUAACGUAACAUUUGGUAGUAUAAAGCUAAAAAUUGACUGUACAAUAGGCAAUUAAGGCCUCAGUCCAGUAAGGAGCUCUGUGUGGGUGAACCCUUGCAUCCGCACAAAUGUCCUUACAGAACUAGGACAGAUACCAUUUCAAUAUGCUGAGAGAGACUGUCUUUGUGAGUGCCUUUGGACUAGAGCAGGUAAAUUAUUAGUAAAAUUGAAAAAUUAUCUAUAAAUAAAUCACAUUUUAAAAACAUUGUUUACAUUUAAAACAUUUUGAUAGUGUCAGCUUUUUUCUUUAUUCACCAUUAGCAAAGUAUUAAUACAUUUAACAUUUUAUUACCUAGUGUCUUAAGUGGCCUUUUUUUAGGGCCUGUUUCAAAGCCCAGUACAUUACUGGAAGUCUUUGAAUUGUCUUGAGUGAGCUUUGGAUCAGACUCUAAGGCCCUGAUGCAGCAAGAUAUUUGAGCUCAGGAAUAAUCGCAUUGAAGACAAAGGGACAGCUCAUGUGGUAGGCAGGUGCUUAACUACCUUCCUAAAUUGGGUCCUGUGUGUUUCCAUUAGAAACCACAUUUAAGGAAGUGAAAUGUUAAAGUAUUAAAUAAGGAAGAAAUAUUAAAUAGGUUCAGGUAGAUUUUUCAAAUACCUUUUUUAAAAUCAUUGUUAAAUUGAUUAUGCUGGUUUUGAAUCAGUUUGAAAACUAUAGAAAUAUCACUUUAUAGAUAUCUUUUAAGUGUUAAUCCAAAAAAAUGUAUUUUUUUGCAAAGAAUGCCACUGACACUUGAGCUCUAGAAACAAGAUAAUAUAGUUCAUUUUCUUCUUUCUUUCAUGGGUGUUUAGAUAUUUAACAUAGUCACUGAUUUAGAACGGUUAACUUCAAGAUCCUAAGAGGCUUUCUAAAAUAUAAUGUCCUUAUUACCUGUAACACCUAGUAGGACCCUAAAAGGAAUUAAAUUUGUGCAAGAGCACUCUCUUAUUUGAUGUCACCAGUAAAAAGAGUGACAAUGGAACCAGGAAAAUUCUCAUUAUUUAGUAAAUUGCAGAGCUUGUUAGAGGAUGUUAACCUGUCUUGAAGAAUGCAUGGAUUGCUGAAAGGGCUGAAUCUUCAGGCUUUUAUACACUGUGAACUUGAUGAGCCAUAGCUAUAGCACAGAAUACUCUGCAGUAGCUAUGCCAGAAUAACUCCCAGUGUAGACAAGGUCUUAAUCUUCCAAAGAAUAGGCAUCUGUAAAGAAAAAAAAUGUGAGCAGUGUUUUUGGACUUAGAGAAUCUUGUGCCAUGCAGCAUCCUCCACAAAUGUCUGUUUUUGACAGUUCCCUUUGUAAAAAUUACAUCAUCCUUCUUCCUGUUAGUUUUACUGUGAUUUCCAAGUUUUCAAUGGUCUGAAUAACUAAAAUCUCAUUUUUGCACAUGGUUGAUCUUCAACUACUUACAUGCUUAUUUUUAUUCAUUUCUAAUUCAAGCUAUUACAAAAUCAAUUAUGCAUGGGUGCAUUGUACAAUAAAACAUUUUCUGGAUGUUGAUUAGUGUC